GGGGGUCCUUUCGUUGUUGACGUUCUACCGCCAGCUGUCAGCAGCAGCUAGCUAAACUUGUCUUUCACUGCACGCUUUAUUUAGCGUGGAACGAUUCUUUUUAAAUGUUCUUGUACCGGUUGUAAUUUUGUUGGGAGUCUGUUUGAACCAGCCUUGACUGCACGGUCGUUAAAAUAUUUGUUUGUGUGUUUUUAGGGUCUUUUUGUCGCGUCGUGGUCUCGAUUAGAAUAACUGUAGCGCGCUAGCUUGUUGUUAGCUGCAGCCAAAAUCUUCUGCUCUGCAGACGUCUCUCGUUUGGGAGUCAUUGUUCACUGUCCGAGAGCUAAGUUACUAAAGUAGUAUUUUAACCAUGCAGUUAUUAAAUAUUUUACUGCACAUAUGUAGCGUAUUAAAUCUUGGUUUUGUCGAAAAAUAAAUUUAUAUUGUAAGCCGAGGGACAAAAAACACAUUUUAACCUAUUCAGAGCCGAAUUUAUUUUAUUUUAUUUCACUUUUCUAGCUGUAUUUUAAGUAUUUUAUUGACUUUUUAAGUCGUAUUGUAAUCAGCUAUUGACACAGGGGCUUAGGUGUGAAUAAACCCUCAAACAUGGAUAAGAAAUCAUUUGACAUUGUCUUGGAUGAGAUACGAAAGUGCGUCCUAACAGACCAGCGGAUCAGAGCCAUAGAGCAGGUGCAUGGAUAUUUCUCCAGUGAGCAGGUGAUGGAAAUCUUGAAGUACUUCUCAUGGGCGGAACCUCAGAUCAAAGCAGUAAAAGCUCUGCAGCAUAAAAUGGUUGCAAUCCCUACAACCAAAGUUGCAAAUAUCCUAAACUGCUUCACUUUCUCGAAGGACAGACUUGUUGUCCUGGAAUUAAUAGCUUUGAAUAUUUCAGAUGCUCAGAAUUUUCGACCAGUGGACGAUCUGUUCCGGAUACACUUGUCUGAGAAGAAGCGUGCUCGCAGGAUAUUGGAGCAGGUUUGUAAGGUUGGCUGCAAGGCUCCUGUAGCCAUGAUCUCAUCCUGUGGUAUGAUUCCUGGAAAUCCAUACCCCAAAGGCAGGCCCAGCUUGGUCACUGGCACUUUUCCUGGAAUCCCUCCUGUUAAAAAAGAGGGUGAGAAAAAAGAAGACGGCUCCAUCAGUAUGGAGGGGAAAGGAAUUGCUUCCAGAAUUAUAGGACCGUUCAAACCUUUUCCCUCGACUUACAACCCUCAUCGCCCUGUUCCGUACCCUAUCCCACCCUGCCGGCCUCAUGCCACCAUUGCACCAAGUGUGUACAACAACGCAGGCCUUGUUUCUGUGGGAGGGGUCAUAACAGCCAACGUGCCCCCUCCCCCCUACCACUCUUCUCACAAAAUAGCAGGUUACUCCAAACCUGGAAAUCCACAAAACACCACACCAGGAGUCAACAGUGGGCCCCUUCUCAUUCCUCAUGGGUCCACUCCUUCUAACCCUGCUCCACCCCAGGCUUCACCUGCUCAACCACCUCCCCCAACCACCCCUAUUACACCAGUUUUUCCUGGCAUGGUACCUUCCCACAACCUGAAUGCCCCCUCUCCUUCCGCAGCUCCAUCUUCCUCUGUGAUCAAAGCCGGACCACAGACGCCCAGUGGUCAUGUCACACCUACGCCUUCGUCUGUCAUUAAAGCCCAUACCCCCUCAGGCACCCCUUGUGGAACUCCUGGUUUUUCCUCUUCCCCUUUCCAUGGCCUUUCUCGACCCAGCACCCCUGCUGCUUCCCGUAGUGGCCAUGACUCCCAGUCGCAGUCAAACUCCAUGGGCUCAGCUCAGCAGAGAGCCUAUUCCCAGUCUACAGACCAGCAGUCAGGACCCAGCUUCUCUGUGGUCCACCCACAAGGAGGUAACCCAUCUGGUUCAGUAAUCAGAAGUUACACCCCUUCACCUCUCACUCCUGGAUCUUCCACUCCAGUUAUUCCAAACUGCUCCACCUCUGGACCCAGUCCAAAACCCUCCCCUGUCAACCCAGCCCAGGCUCAAGCUCAAGGUGUUGUGGCUGGAACCUUGAACAGGCACUCUGGGGGUAGCAACAGCGGCAGUAACAGCCCCGUACCCUCAGCCUUUAAGGGCACGUCUCGUUCUGGUACUCCUUCGCUCAGCCCACUUGUGACACCAGGUUCGGCUCAGGCUGCCCUUGCACGUUCUUUGGGUCUGACACACUCAGGUUCUCCUCAAGGGUCUCUCCAUAGUCCAGUUGCUAUUACUGGCAUCCAAGCAAUGUCUUCUACCCCAGCUUCGGCUCAUUAUACAGGUCUAUCCCCUUUUCCGGCCCUGUCUUCUCUUCCCUCUGCCACCAUCCCUUCAUCAGUGCCUCCCUCCACCAACCAUCCACCAUCUUCUGUCUACCAGGGCUUAGCCCCUGGUGCUGCCCCUAAUGCAGCUCCACCUUUCGCUCUAGACCUCACCUCUGGCACCUCUAUAUUCCCAGGCCUUUCUCCUGGGCCUAACCCCACCACAUUUCCUAGACUGGCUGUAUCAGGUGGGGCUGGCACCAGGAGCCCUGUGUUGCCUUCAUUCAUGGGACUAUCAGGAGCAGCUCCAUCCUCAGUAGCAUCUGUGGCCCCACUACAGGCAACUGCGGUUGGGGUUCCCUCAUCACCAGUGUUACCUGGCUUUGCAUCUGCUUUCAGCUCCAAUUUCCAGCCAGGUUUGACCGGCGGACUCCAGCCUCCUGGAGGUAGUGGAUUCCCUGGCUUGCUGUCCUUCCCCGCGGUACCUGGCUUCUCUCCAUCUGCCUCUGCUGCUGCCCUCAGCGGCCUCCACAACCCAGCGAUGCCAUCUGCUCUGCUUCAGGCUCAUCCUACAUCUGCACUAGAGAACUUCCCUCCUCAACCGAACAGUUUUACAAACUACCCUCCUGGCCCUGGAAACCCCUUCCCUCUUCAACCAGGACUACACCCCCAGUUGGGCUGGCAGUGAAACAUGCAGUUAGACACAUUCAGACUUAAACACUGAACCCAGUGCUUUGCCUCGCCUUGAAGGUGACACGUCACUGGUAUUGAACCCUCAGGACUACAUCAUAGCACAGUUAUGUUUCUGUUUAUGUUACUGAAAGAGUGUCUAAUUUGAAGUAACACUACUCUGGAUAUGUAUGGCAUACUUUUAAUAACUAGUAAAUAUCAGCAAUGAAGUUGUGAGAUUUAACAAAUUGAAUGUGAUUAGUUGCUACAAUAGCUUUGACAUGCCUGUUUUUAACAAUACUUAAUGAACAUUUAAUAAGGAAUUAUGAAAAAUAUAAAAAAUUACUUAAAACAGUUUUUGAUUAACUGUUUUAUAUGAUUCAGCAGGAAAGGGAAUGAACUUAUAAAUUCUGGCCUGGACUUGGUAUUACAAUGAGAACUUUCCACUGACUUGUUUAUGAUAUGGAGUCACAUUUUAUGGUGUUCACACAGUCCUGUAAAUAUUUUCAGUUGUGUCAGAAGCGGAACUGUUCCAUCAUAAAAAUUGACUUUGGCAGCUUGAUCCUGUUCUCAUGUUCUGAUGUAUAUGUCUGUGACUGUGAGUUUUUUUGUUUUUUUUAACUGUCAUUCAGAUGUUUUACUCUUACAAAGUUAUCAAAUCUGACUCUCCCAGAACUGUUAUCUCUUUAGCCCUGGUAAGAUGCUUCCAGCAUUGUCUCUGGUUCAGGGGUGGCUGAACCUAAUUAAUACAGCAGUUGUAUGUCUUGGAUGCAUCUGUUUGUGUUUGGCGGCUUUUGACGCACUGACUCAAAUCCUAGUCCACUCCUUGUAAAUUUUACCCAAACUCUUGAACAGGCUUUGACUCACAGUCCUCACAAGGCUGCCAGCUAAGAGUUUCACUUUUUGAUUUGAUUUAAUGAAAUAAUUUAACUUUAUGAUCAUGGCCUCAUUUAUUGAGAGAAACCUGUACUGUAUGUUUGUUCAUGUAUUAAUGAACUUAAAAUACAAAAUAGUAUUUCUUUAAUUUUUUUUCUGUUUGUUUUUUAAUAAAAGAAACACACCAUA